AUGCCAUACCAGAGAGGAAUAACAGACGCAACCCGCCGCGGCCGUCGCCAUGACGGAUGGAUGGUGACCAGGUCUUUUCGAUUCCAAGGCAAGUGGCCUGUUCAGGAGGGAUUCCUUCAACUGGCCUCCCUGGCAUGCCUGGUGCUCUGCUCUGCCUGGCCAUCGCGGGCCGCUCCCGUCAUGACCCUGGUCGGAUCCUCGACCCAGGUCAGCGUACACGCCAUGACCGACACCACCCACGCGCCGUCCACCACGGAUGCCUCUAGCACUGAAAAGGCUGAACCGCGAAGCGACGACUCGGCCACAGUGGUCGCCGUGUCGGAGCAGGCUUCCAAAUCCACUGAAACCUCCACUACGUCUUCAUCGACGACGACGUCAUCGGAAGUGACGUCAGUUCCCGCCGCGGAGGCACAGCAAGCCGACGAGAAAGAGGUGGUUCAAGUGACCGCUUCCUCUUUGCCGAGCUCCACACCUGCUCAGGUUCAAGCCGACCAGCCUAGUCCCGUGGCGGAAGAAGCCAAGUCGGAUGAGAAGCCGCAAACCGAAGAGCCUGCCAAGGAAGCAGACGCCGUCAAAGAGAAGGUGGAAGGACGUACGGAGCAGACGGAGAAGCCGGCUGUUGAAGCCGUUCCAGAGCCAGCCAAGGAAGCUGUGGAGAAAAAGCCCGAAGAGGCUGUUGCGGUAGAGGGACAGGAGAAAGCCACCGAGCCCGCCCCAGAGUCCAAGCAGCCAGAGGCCAGUGACGCUGUCCACGAGGAACCCGCCGCCGUCGAGACCAAGACAGGCGAACCUGAGUCUUCCCCAGCCACCACUCAAGCCACCCACGUGUCUCCAGAUGCCCCAGCGUCCCACGAGCCCACUCCUGUCGAAGGUCAUGCAGCGAUGGAAGCCCACGCUGAAGUACCCGCUGCUGCUGUCGAGCAUUCCGAAGCCUCCACGGUAACCCAGUCCACCGAAGAGGUCUCGGCCCCUAAAGUCGAUGUCGUCGCCGCCGCUGAGGAAAAGGACAGGGACGAGCCGGUCCAGUCUGAAUCCGACCUCAGCGAGCGUACUGUCGCCCCUCCCGCCGAAACGGAACGCACAGAGGCCGUCGAGAAGCCCGCCGAGACCAUGGAAGCCGAAAAGGUCACAACAGAAACUGCAAGUCAUCAUACCACUUCCGGGGGUGCAACAUUGGUUGACCACGUGACCUCUACAGCUGCGCCGGAAGUCAAGGCUUCAACGGAUGUGUCUGCUGUUGCUUCCAGUGGCACCGAAUCCGCAGAGGCUCUCCCCAAGGCUGCCCUCGACGUAGAAAAGGCAGCUGAAGAAGUGCUGUCGUCGACCCACAAAGCUGAAGAGGUGUCCACGUCGACCCAGGCUGCAGUGUCUUCUAGUGCUUCAGAGGACACGUCCAGCGCGAGUCCUGCUGUACAUCUCCAAGGCACCCAAAUAGCCGCUGCAUUCUCCAUGCACCUCAUAGAAAGGGCCAACACAAUCUCGGUUCGCACGGACUUGAAAGAAUUGGCCGAAUCUCCUGAGAAGUUCACGGUGGUCACCAUCGAGGAACAAAACAUUCCCGUCCAGGUCUUCAGAACUUAUGGCGCUACCUGCAGCCAUGGUGUUCUCUACAAUAUAUACCCUGUCCAAGAGGACCCUCAAGACGACACACUCAAUAAAGAGAUUGAGUGCGACAAGAUCGACGUCGUUGCGGCUCGUCGGCUGGGAAAUCAUACUGCAAUCCUCCCCUUUGACAGCGAGAAACUUCCAACAUCCGUGUCCAAGCCCAAAACGGUUGCAUACAGCAACUGCCAUCGCAACGGCCACAAGGAUGACAUCUGCCCUAAUGGUGCUAUCAACAAAGUGAAGCAAGGCACAACGCCGUCAGCGCCAUCCAACACGACGGCCGAAAUUCAAGAACUCAUCAUGUUCAACUUCCUGAAUGCCAAGCUGGACAGGGUAAACGCAGCCUUCAAGACACAGCAAGAAGAAAACAAGAAACACCAGUCGAUCCUGACUAAAGCCAGAUCAAUAUUCAGCCUGCCACUACAAUAA